AAUUGUAUUGUUUUUUUUUUUUUUUUUUUUUUUUUUUGAGCUGCAAUGAGAGUUGUUGGUCCCUGUGCUGUGAUUUUCCUGUUGUUGGUUGUUUUUCUGGUGAAUGAUUUUGUUGUUGCAGAGGUUAAUGGAGUGGAAGAAGACAAGCACUUUUUGGGGCGGCAUCCUUUUGGAGGAGGACUUGGGCAUGGGAUUUACAGAAAGGGGUUCAGACAUGGGCGUUUUGGUAGAGGUGGUGGAUUAGGAGGUGGCUUUGGUGGUGGUGCAGGUGGUGGUGCGGGUGGUGGGUUCGGUGGUGGUGCAGGUGGUGGUGCGGGUGGUGGUGCAGGUGGUGGUGCUGGACUUGGUGGGAAUGCAGGUGGUGGGUUCGGCGGCGGGUUUGGCGGUGGUGCAGGUGGUGGUCUAGGAGGCCAUCAUGGUGGGGGGCUUGGUGGAGGAGUUGGUGGCGGUGCAGGUGGCGGUGCAGGUGGUGGUGCAGGUGGUGGAUUCGGUGGUGGAGCUGGUGGUGGUCUGGGAGGCCAUCAUGGCGGUGGCCUUGGUGGCGGAGGUGGAUUUGGCGGAGGAGGAGGAGGUGGGCUUGGAGGUGGCGGUGGAGCCGGUGGUGGAUUCGGUGGUGGAGCUGGUGGUGGUCUGGGAGGCCAUCAUGGCGGUGGCCUUGGUGGCGGAGGUGGAUUUGGCGGAGGAGGAGGAGGUGGGCUUGGAGGCGGCGGUGGAGCCGGUGGCGGAUUCGGUGCUGGUGGUGGAGCUGGUGCUGGGGGUGGGCUAGGAGGGGGAGCCGGAGGAGGAGGCGGGUUCGGCGGAGGCGGCGGUGGAGGCUUAGGUGGAGGCGUGGGAGGUGGUGCGGGCAAAGGUUUUGGUGGCGGGGUAGGUGGUGGUGGCGGUGCCGGAAGCGGAGGUGGAUUCGGCGGAGGCGGUGGUUUUGGUGGUGGAGGAGGCGUGGGGGGAGGAUUCGGAGCCGGUGGUGGAUUCGGAGCUGGUGGAGGCGCAGGCGGUGGUAGUGGACUUGGUGGAGGCGGUGGUGGGGGUUUUGGCGGAGGUGGGGGCGGUGGAGUUGGUGGGGGCGCCGGGUUUGGUGGGGGAGCGGGGUUCGGUGGCGGAGGAGGUCACUAG